GACUCGUUUCAUUCUUCAUUUCAGCACCACGCGCCUCCCGGACAGCGCCCGAAUGAACUCGCGCGCAGAUUCUGGCAACGCAUGCCUUAUAAGGGACCCAGCCGCGUCAGCAUCGAGUCUAAACGGAGCGGGCAGGGACUUCAAAAGAAAAAACAAAGCCAGUAGAAAACACGAACUCUCCGGACCUGUAGCUCGGUGGAUACCCGCUGUUUCAUCCCGCUGACAAGUCAGGAGCCGCUCGCUCCCUCAGAUGCCUCAGCAACAGGGCAGCAGCAUGUCUGAAAAGAAAUCCAGUCAGCGAUUUCACAGCCUGAACGCUGAGCAGGUGGAGGUUCUCCAUCAGGUUCUUUCAGAGGUGGUUCCAAUCCACGGCCGUGGGAAUUUUCCCACGCUGGAGCUGCGUCCUCGUGACAUCAUCAUUGCCGUGCGGGCCAGGCUGCAGAAGCAGGGAAUCACAGUUAGAGAUGUUCGUCUGAACGGCUCCACGGCCAGCCACGUCCUUGUCCGAGACAACGGAACAAGCUACAAGGACUUGGACAUCAUCUUUGGAGUGGAGUUGCCCACUCAAGAGGAGUUCCAGGUGAUCAAAGAGUCAGUGCUGGGCUGCUUGCUGGACUUUCUGCCUGCUGCAGUCAACAGGGAACGGAUCAGCAACGCCACAAUGAAAGAGGCCUAUGUCCAGAAAAUGGUAAAAGUCUUCAACGAACAUGACCGCUGGAGCCUCAUCUCCCUCUCAAACAACAGUGGCAAAAACCUGGAGCUCAAAUUUGUGAGUGCGCUCAGGCGCCAAUUUGAGUUCAGCGUAGACUCCUUCCAGAUCAUUCUGGAUCGUCUUCUAGAGUCUUACAUGCAGAAGGACUCGCAGCGCAAAAUGAAUAAGGUUGAAGUUAAGGACCAGCCCGCAGAGAAUCAGAAUAAAUACUCUCCUUCCCUGCUGAAUCAAACAGCUGCGCCAGAAACAGAAAAGCCCACAGACAGAGACAUUUUCGGUGAAGAAGGUGCUCAAAACAGCCAGAUAAAACAGAGAGAUGAGGUGCAGGAAAACAAUUCUCAGACCGAAUUCUCGCAACAAACUGUACAUUCAAACCAGACAAAACACACAGCACUGGAGAAAGACAGCAAAGAGAAAAUACCUGAAGGGUUGAAGGAAGUGUCAGAGCACGGAGAAAACUUAAACCAGACAGGCCAGACAUCUUUGUCAGAAAAGAAACAAGCCCCUGAGGAAGCUGAACCACCAGCUCAGAUUGAACAUGAGCCAGAGCUCUUGGAAAAGACUGAAGGCUCAACAAAGGUAGAACAGUUAAAGCAAGCGAAGCCCUGUGACGACUUACCACCAGCACAUUCAAACCACGGAGAACUCUCUGUCCAGAAAGAACUUGCUAACCACACAAAACCCCCUGAUGAACAGAAAGAACUAGCAGAGCAGAUGGGACAGUCUGAGAUGCCAAAAACCUCAAACGAAACCCAGGGAGAGUGUCUGAACCUUAGAGAAAGCCCUCGCAGUACAGAGCAAUCUGAUAAAACAAACGUAUCUAAGUCUUUCGGAGAGUAUGAAAGCAGCAGUGAGGAAGAUAAAACACAACAUGUGCCAGCUCUACACACUAGUACAUCCUCACACAAGUUAGCAGAUGAACAAAAUGCAGAAACAGAGGAAGAAAUAGAAGAAGAGAGGAAAACUGACACAGAAAUAUGUGAAAUCACAGAGAACACACAGGGUAUUGAUUGUUCCUGCUCCUCCUCUUCCGCUCUCACACUUUGCAGCACACAGCUUCCUGACGCACAGGAUUUGCUGGAGAUUGACAACACACAACAAACAGAAAACUCAGAAAAAACACCUAACACACUUGAUGCCGCUAACCCUCCAGAUACUCAGGAUAUUUUACUUCCACCACCUAGCCUUUCUUCUGACAAAAAGACCUCCUCUGCUCCCCCUUGUAAGGCCUCAGAGAGACUAUCUCACAUGGUGGUGCUCAAACACUCAUCCCCCAAACCCCCUCGGAGGAUGUGCAGAAAGGUCACCCCCAGUCCUAACCCCAGCUCACUCCCCGAAAACGAGUUACUCGUUUCUGUGCCCUGCCUGGAGUCAAACCCUCACGCGAGCCCCGAGAUAGCCUUUAACACAGAGCCAACUGCUUCCAGUUCAAACUCUACAGCUACCCCAACAAGCACCAUUCCUUUUAAGACUAAUUCUGAACCUAGUCCUUCCAGUAACCUAGCUUCAGAUCUUAACUUUAGCCCAGCUCCGGAUCCAGCCCUUGAUAUAAUCUCCACCUCUACUCUGAAUUCCAUGUCUGCUUUACCUCAAGACCCACCGGUUUCUCAGUUAGCCACAGAAGACCCAGGUGAAACGGCUACUCAGAGCCCUACUGAAACACCAACUACACAUGUGGAUUUCAGUGAGCCCAGUCAGUCCUCCCCUACAGAAACUGCCAAACAAGUAGAGCCCCUUGACUCAGCAGACAUGUUAGUUUCACAGUCAGAUCCUUCUAGUUCCAGAACAGAACAAGAGACCAAAAAGAUGGCUGUGAAUCAACCAAGUGACAGCCCGCAAGGGUCCGCCUUCAGUCCAGCUUCUCCUGUCCACUGUGUUACACCUCCUGUGUCCUGUCUCACCCCUCCAGUAGUUAGUCUGUCCCCUCCUUGCCUAACUCCCCCGCCCCCCAUCCUCAGCCCUCCCCCAUGCCUGACCCCUCCAUCUCACUGCCUCUCGUCUCCGAUGCUAAGCACUGUCAGCCCUGCUACUAGCUUUAGCUCUCCAACCCUAAGCUUCAGCCCUACCUCAUCCUGCCUCAGCUCACCUCCUUACCUCACCCCUCCAAUGCUCAGCUUGAGCCCUACACCGCUCUGUCUCACACCCCCUUCCCCCUGCCUGAGCCCUCCCCUCCUCUGCCUCACUCCACCGGUGGAGUCGGAGGACCUUGUACCUCAGGUAUCUUCAGACAUGGAGCCUUUGAUACUAAACACGGACAGUGAUGAACAGAUUAAAGAGUCUUCCCCUCAGCCGGGAGUUCCUCUCUUACAGUUGGAGGUUAAAAAAGAACAUGAAUAUAUCUCAUCUUUGCCUCAGGUUACUGAGCCUGUCUCUUUUCCAAUCACUAUCCCAAGUUCCACCUCACAUGUUCUGCCUCACUCUCAGUCUGAAUGCCCCGGGGAAUCUGCCUCUCCAGAAGCCACUGAGGCAGCCAACUCUGUGCCUGAGAACAAAGAGGCCCCUGAGGUAACCACAGACACUUCUGAACAGUGUGACUCUCCUCAGGCAUCUGACUCAGUCCCUGCUGUCGAGGUCCUGGCAGAGAGCAUGUAUGGUGACUUUGAGGCAGCCAUGGACCACCUGCGCUACCGCCUGAUUGCUACCAGGAACCCCGAAGAGAUUCGAGGUGGUGGCUUGUUGAAAUACAGCAACCUGUUGGUGCGAGACUACCGACCAGCCAGCGAGACUCAGAUAAAGACACUGGAGCGCUACAUGUGCUCACGCUUUUUUAUUGAUUUCCCUGACGUGCAGGAACAACAGCGAAAGAUCCUGUCCUACUUGAAGAACCAUUUUAUCGGCGAGGAGAGAAGCAAGUACCAGUACUUGAUGACGUUGCGUCGUGUGGUAGAUGACAGCACAGUGUGUCUGAUGGGACACGAAAGGCGUCAAACACUGAAUAUGAUCACAGUGCUGGCACUGAAGGUUCUGGGAGAGCAGAACAUAAUACCCAACACAGACCAUGUGACGUGCUUCUACCAGCCUGCCCCGUACCUUGCUGAGCACACUGCCCCCUAUCUAGCAGAACCCAGCUACUGCAGCUACUACAUACCCCAAGGGGGAUCAGCUCUGCUGUACCAACCUUACCCUUUACACCUGCACCCGCAAACUGGACUUGUGUAAAACAUGCAUGGAUACACAUGUCAUUACACAAAAUACACAAUUGAGCUAGGGGAUGGUGCAUGCUCCAAAGAAAAAGCUUGAGAAUGGAAAUAUAAUCCAGGGAUAAACUGUUUGGUCUAUAAUAGACCUAUGGGGGUGGGAUUGAGUGGGUUUUUACACUAAACUCCCCAAGUACUCUGUAAGGUUCUAACAUGAUUAUAUGUAAUUAUUUGGGCUUUGUGGAAAAUACUAAUUCUUCCGAUAUUGUUAAAAAUUCCAGAAAAUGCUGUAUGCACUACAUGAGUCAUAGGCCUUUGGUCUCCCUGGGAAACCAAAUGUGCUGUGGACAUUCUCUCUCUCUCUCACACACACACACACACACACACACACACACACACACACACACACACACACAC